AUGAACGAACGGAUAGAUUUCGACCUCAACGAGGCGCUGAAAUACUACCUGAGCGACCCCGCCUCAGUCCCGACACCAGAGGCGGAUUCACAGUUGCUAGACUGCGAAUUGGAUCCGGAUUCCUUGAGCCUGCCGCUGAUCGAUGAGAUACUGAAUCCUAUUGUAGACGCUGUGGCCGAAGAUCCCUCAAAUCUCGCAAGAAACUCGUUCUUUGAUUCCCUGCAGCUUCUCUUGAAGCUUACACCUGUCCUUCCUCCAAAGGCGCUUAGCAAGAUCCUAGAUCUUGUUGUUUCCGGCCUCGCCUCGCUUGCCGAUAUUGCGCAUAAUGACCUCGAAGCCGAUGAGCCCGAGGCGCUGUCUGAGCAUAAGGACCUCUUGGAGCUGUACGCUUUUCUACUACAAUGGGCGUUAUCUUCCGUGGAAGCAAAGGCAGCCGAAAAACCUCCUACAACGGGACCGGGAAGACGAGGAGGUGGGAAGGCUGGACGAAAGCCCGCUAGGGAUGAGUCGUGGGAUUCGUCUGCACAGAUACAGAUUGCUAUGGAGGUUAUGUGCAAGGUGCUGAAGCUGAAGCUAUCAAAGCUCUUUGUUACAACCUCGGACCGGGAUACCUUUGUGAAUCUGUUUACUCGAUCCAUAUACCUGAUCCUGGAGAGCGAGCAGAGAGUCAAGAGCAUGUCAAUACGGAUGCACGCAUUCAAGGUGCUCUGUAUUGCAGUGAAGCAUCAUGGGCAUGCUUUUGUGGCUAACACUGUAUCAGGUGCCCAGACAUCUAUUGUACAGAGCCUUACAUAUUUUGAGCAUCUUUCGGACCCGAUGGCCGAAUUUUUGCAUAUCCUGGCGGAGCAGUAUGACUAUCCUCAGCUCGCUGACGAGAUUCUAAGGGAGGUUGGAAAUAAGGAGUUCAAUCCAAACGAUACUAAGGGCCCGAGAUCAGUGUCCGCUUUUAUUAUUAAGUUGUCUGAGCUUGCUCCUCGGCUUGUCAUCAAGCAAAUGACCCUCCUAGCCAAGCAGCUAGAUAGUGAACAACGUACAUUUACUGACAAUUGCCAGGCUUAUACCCUCCGCUGCGCCGUCAUCGAAGUAUGCGGAAAUCUGAUAUCUGACCUGAGUAAGCAGGAAGAACGAAGUGAAAACUUCCAAACACAGAUAAAUUCCUUCUUUGAUGUGCUGGAGGAACGCUUCCUUGACAUGAACCCCUACUGCCGCAGCCGUGUGAUACAGGUGUACAUGAAGAUUUGCGACCUCGACCAGAAGUUUCCCAAAAGACGGCAGACAGCAGCCAAGCUUGCAGCUCGAAGCUUGGAAGAUAAGAGCAGCAAUGUCCGAAGGAAUGCUAUAAAACUUCUGGGCAAGCUGGUGUCAACACACCCUUUCAGUGUUAUGCAUGGAGGCCAGCUGUCGUACAAAGAUUGGGAUGCUCGUUUACAGGCAGUAGAGGAGGAACUCAACGCCUUGAAGCCACCACCAGAGACACCUGGAUUGGCAGAGAUGGGGAUUGAGAGCGCCCAGAUCGACAGCGAGCUUCUGGACGAUGCAACCCAGGUCCCAGACGACUCCCCUUCGAAGGCUCCAAAAAUGACUGAAGAAGAAAAAGCGGCAGCGGUUCAGAAAGCAGCAGAGGAAGCAGCAACAUCAGAGAUGCUGGCACGGCUGCAGCUAACCCGGAAAUACUACCUCGAGGCCAUUCAGUUUAUCGAGGUGUUGCACAGUGCGUCCGAGACCGUCCUGCAACUGCUGUCGUCUCGGAAUAAGAGCGAGGUGAUUGAGGCUAUGGACUUUUUUGUGAUGCUAGAUGCGUACAAAGUGGAAACCUCGCGAGCUGGGAUACGCAGGAUGCUACGGCUGAUUUGGAUGAAGGGUAACAGCGACGAAGGCAAGGGCGUUCAGAACCAUCUAAUCGAUUGCUACAAGGGACUGUUCUUUGAUGCGCCGGAUGCAUUCAGUCCGAAUGACACGGCCAACUACAUCGCCCGAAACAUGAUAAGUCUGACGUUUGGGGCGACGCCGGCAGAGCUCACCUCGCUCGAGCAGCUGCUCAGCACAAUGGUGAAGGCAGGGCACAUCUCAGAGCUGGUGAUCGGCAAGCUAUGGCAGGUGUAUGGGGUACAGAAGAAGGAAAUAUCAAGAACACAGCGAAGGGGGGCCAUUAUCGUGCUGGGGAUGCUUGCGCUUGCCGACCCGGAGAUUGCAGUCAAGGAGAUCGAGAUUAUGCUCCGGAUAGGGCUGGGCAGCCUGGGACGGGCUGAUCUUGUCCUUGCCAAAUACACAUGUAUUGCCCUAAAGCGGAUCAAGCCUGGACGGCAAGCCAUUGCAAAGGAUGGGGCACACCCAAAACUGGCAAACGACCACCCGGUGUUGAUCAAGCUGGCUGCGAUGAUGGAGAUUGUGUCUGACAGCAAGGAGUGGUAUGGGGUGGCAGAGCAAGCCAUAAGCGCGAUAUACACGCUAGCAAAACAUCCUGAUGUGCUGUGCUCGGAUAUACUACGGCGCAAGACCCGGGCCGUCUUCCGGGCGAACAAUAAUGCCCAGCAAAGGAUGAUGCUGGACAGCGAUGGAGACCGUCCGUCAUCAUCAUCGGCAUCCUCGGCAUCGGCAGAGACUGCAGUGACUGCAGCCACGACUCUGGCGGAAGACAACAACGCGGCUAGACAAAAGGCUAGUGUUAACGGGCUUUCGCAGCUGCUGAUUAUUGUUGGCCACAUCGCGAUCAAGCAGAUUGUGCAUCUGGAGCUAUGCGAGCUUGACUUUAAGCGCAGGAAGGCCGAACAAGAAAAGGAGAAGGCGGCCAACACAGCUCAGGAGAAAGAUGACGCAGCCGGAGCAGGAGCAGCAGCAGGGGGCCCAGCAGGAGGAGCAGCAGCCGAGGACAACGAGCUGGACCUGAUCGGGGGUACGACAGAGGACGACUUCACUGAGGCGAUGGCACAUAUCCGGGAGCGAGAGCUGCUGUACGGGGAGAACUCGCUGCUGACGCACUUUGGCCCGCUGGUGACGGAGAUAUGUUCAAACAACACGGCGUACCCGGACCAGAACCUGCAGGCGACGGCGACGCUGUGCAUGGCGAAGCUGAUGUGCGUGUCAGCAGAGUACUGCGAGAGCAACCUGCCGCUGCUGAUCACGAUAAUGGAGCGGUCUGACGACCCGAUCGUGCGGAGCAACGCGGUGAUUGCGCUGGGCGACAUGGCCGUGUGCUUCAACCAUUUGAUCGAUGAGAAUACAGACUUUUUGUACCGACGACUGAACGACGACGAUGUUUCGGUGAAGCGGACGUGUCUGAUGACGCUUACCUUUUUGAUACUGGCGGGCCAGAUCAAGGUGAAGGGCCAGCUGGGAGAGAUGGCGAAGUGCCUGGAGGACGAGGACAAGAAGAUAGCGGAUCUGGCGCGGAUGUUCUUUACGGAGCUGUCGACGAAGGACAAUGCGGUGUACAACCACUUUGUGGACAUGUUUAGUCUGCUGAGCACGGAGAAGUCGCUGGAGGAGGAGUCUUUGCGGCGGAUCAUCAAGUUCCUCGCCGGUUUCGUCGAGAAGGUAUUUUUCUAUUCUUAUUCUUUUGUCUGGAAAUAUAAAAUAUAUACUAAUAAGGUCUAG